CUAAUGGAAAAUCAGGUACCGUUAAAGAUAAAUAUGAUACGAGUGAAAUAGACAACAUAACAUGAAUAUUAAACAGUGUAAAUUAUUCAUUAUCGUCCACCUUACUACUGAUUCAACAGGUGGUGCCAAACAGAUGCCUUACAAUGGAGCCCCACUGGUUCCUGCUGGAAUUGAUGGAAUGAGCCAGUUUGAGCCUGAGGCUGCUGGCCUUGUUCCAAAUGGUAAAGUGGGCAGCAUGUACGGUGGAAUGGGGGGCUUGCCUUAUGGCGGUCAGACCCCGGGGAUGGGUGCAGGGAAAUCUAACGCCAAGUAUGGCAUUGGUGGCUUGCAAUUUGGCGGACAGCCCCUCAAUACAGGCACUAAUGGCGCAGGACAGUAUGGUUAUGGCGGGAGCCCCUAUGCUGGUGCGGGCAAAGCUGGAAAAUAUGGUGGUCUCGGUGCCGGCAUUGGAGGGAAUCCUGAACCUGCACAAUACGGAUAUGGUGGAGUACCCAACGGUGGGCAGCACCCUGUUCAUGGCAGUAAUGGUUACGGGAGAAUGCCUUAUGAAGCUCAACCAGCUGGAAUAAGCCCUGAGGCCAAAUCUGCCGGAACAUAUGGAUAUGGAAAUGGCUACAAUGCACAUGUACAACCUGACUACGCAAGUCUUGGCCAGGGUGUUCCCACUGCUAAUGGAAAAUCAGGUGGUCCCAAACAGAUGCCUUACAACGGAGCCCCAAUCGUUCCUGCUGGGCUUGAUGGAAUGAGCCAGUUUGAGCCACAGACUGCUGGCCUUGGUCCAAAUGGAAAGCUGAGCAGCAUGUAUGGUGGUCUGGCUGCGUCACAAUAUCAGUCUGAGCCACUUGGACACGACGGAAAAUCAACGGGCAUAUACGGUGGUGGCGAAGUUCCCUAUGCACAACAAGCUCCUGUUCUUGGAGGUGAUGCAAAAUCCUACGGGAAAUACGGAAACCAGGGACAGUACCAGCCGCAGCCUCAUGACACUGCAUCUGAAGAUGCUGGUUUACCCUAUGAGCCCCUGCCUCUUCAGCCAGAUUCAGCUUUGAAAUCUUACGGUGCUUCAGUGGAGGGAGAGUUGCAUGCGCCAGAAAUCGCUGUUGAAGGCGAGGGGAUGUCCCUUGAUAGAUACGAUAAUGUGGGCUAUAUAAAUGGAGAAGUGCAGCCAGAAGUUGUUGCAUUCCCUGCAGUUCCCACUUCCAGCCCCACCAUGGCCUACCCCUCUGACCCCUCCUAUGUGCCUGUGGAGGUCUUCUCUCCUGCAGCAGGAGUCGAGGAUCUGCCCCUGCCGGCUGGCACUGAUGACCUCAUCCUCGACUCUGCACCCGCCACGGAAACGCAGGGCGGCGCGUAUGUGCCGGAGCAGCCUGAGGAUCUGCUUCAUCAACAGGAGAUGCCACGUCAGAUACACAUCCAGCAGCAUCUCAAACUGCAUUUUCACCCAAAAGAAGGAGCAAAGACUCGCAAAUAUGAUUUGAACGGCUUCCUUGGGAAUAGUGGCUAUCAAGGUUAACCCUGCAGACGACGAGUAUAACCUCCUUAUGCCGUUGUAUAUGUAACAUUUCCUAAUUGUAUAUUAUUUUGUUCUGUCUAUUGAAUAGUCCUGGUGUUUUUGUGUUUGUUUGUAGAGGUAAAACUGCAUUUAGAGAUGUUAGAUUUACUUGUUUAUGUAUAUUUUUUUGUACCCUAUAUUACCUCUGUCCUGCACUGCCUGCUCACUGGACAGUGCAACAAAUCGGUUGCUUGGAUUUAUCUGCUGCAAAUAUCAGUGUUGUGAUUUUGCCUGAUAUUAUCAACUCCUAUAAAUCCUGUAAACAGUUCAGUCUAAUUUAUUUUGCUAGGGAGAGGAUUUUUUUUUACUACUUGUGGCAAAUAUCUGUUUUAUGAUUGUACAGAAUUUGAAUGAA